GACGGGACGGCCUUCCUCGCCCCGGCCCAGUUCUCGCUCCUUUUCUGUCGGCCUGUCGAGCUGUUGAAAAGCCGAAAUAAAGUUCCUGGAGGGUGGACGGUGGUUCAGAGAGGCACAGAGCAAGGGGAGCUGAGGCAGAGGGAGGAGGCUGCAUAGGCAAGUCCAGUCCUCAGCUGUGAAGGCCAGCUUUCAAGUCCACCAUGGAGAGUGAUACUCCCAACCAGGCUGUGUUUGGCAAGGUUGAGUUCACUGGAGAGGAGCAGAUGGCCAUACAGAAUAUAUUGCGACAGAAACUUGGGCAGUCUUUUAUCAGCCAGCGAUCAGGAGCGGGAGGCCAGCGUAUUGCAUAUAUAGAAGGCUGGCGCCUCAUAUCUUUGGCCAAUGAAAUUUUUGGCUUUAAUGGAUGGAGUCACUCUGUUACUAACCAGACUAUUGGUAAGACUGUUUAG